AUGGCAAGCGUACGAACCUUGAGAUCGCUGGCACGCCCUGUCAUCGCCCGUCAAUGGCGCCCAGCAGUAACUCUUCCCGCUAUCCAGUCCCGAUUGCACUCAUCCAAGCACCCCAAAGGCUUCGAGGCCCCUUCAAAUGAGGAGCUCGACGAGUUGAGGGAGCGCGUGCAAGAGUUCACGCGCCGGGAGAUCACAGAAGAAGUCGCAGCAAAGACAGACAAGACGAAUGCCUUCCCAGCAGAGAUGUGGCAAAAACUUGGUGAGGCUGGCUUCCUCGGCAUCACAGCUGAUGAGGACGUCGGUGGCCUCGCCAUGGGCUACCAGGCACACAUCAUUGUUAUGGAGGAACUAUCACGAGCAUCCGGAUCCAUUGGUCUCAGCUACGCAGCACAUUCACAACUAUGCGUCAACCAACUGCAGCUGAACGGAUCACCCGAGCAGAAGGAGAAGUACCUGCCGGGUCUCAUCGCCGGUACAAGUGUCGGCGCGCUGGCCAUGUCUGAGUCCGGCGCCGGCAGCGAUGUUGUCAGUAUGCGGACAACAGCAAAGGCCGUAGACGGUGGCUAUGUGCUGAACGGAUCCAAGAUGUGGAUCACCAACGGCCCGGACGCCGAUGUUAUCGUGGUGUACGCAAAGACGGAGCCGGAGAAGGCCUCCAAGGGAAUCACAGCCUUUAUUGUGGACACCAAGAGCGAGGGCUUCAGCUGCGCUCGCAAGCUCGACAAGAUGGGCAUGCGUGGCAGCAACACCGGCGAGCUCAUGUUUGACGGCGUCUUUGUGCCCACAGAGAAUAUCCUCGGCAAGGUUAACGGCGGCGUACGAGUGCUUAUGGAGGGUCUCGAUCUGGAGAGAUUAGUGUUGAGUGCUGGGCCUCUGGGUAUCAUGCAAGCCGCCCUCGAUGUUACCCUCCCCUUUACACACCAGCGCAAGCAGUUCGGCCAGCCUAUUGCACACAACCAGCUCCUCCAGGGCAAACUGGCAGAUAUGUACACAAAGCUCCAGGCUUCUCGUUCCUACACCUACACGACAGCCAAGGCUGUGGAUGAGAACGGCUUGAUCCGCACACAGGACUGCGCAGGAGCUAUCUUGUAUGCUGCAGAGCGGGCUACAGAGUGCACGCUCGACUGUAUUCAACUUCUGGGUGGAAUGGGCUAUGUUGAGGAGAUGCCCGCGUCAAGAUUGCUUCGAGAUGCCAAGCUAUAUGAGAUUGGAGCCGGUACAUCUGAGAUUCGACGAAUGGUUAUUGGAAGAGCUUUCAACAAGGAGUAUGCCCAAGCAUAA